UCCGUCUUGUCAGUGCAGUUUGGCUCGCAAUGGCGGAAGGACGACGGGAGCAGCCUUCACAUCCCCUCCUGUCCUUGCCACCGCCUAGCAAACGACCCUGUCUUCGCCCUGCUCCCCGUGGUCCUGGACCUGGCCACGGUAGCGGGGCGUCCAACUCCUUUGAACGUUCUCCGGAGUCUCUUUUGGACUGCGCCGCGAAGGCAGUCGCGGAAAAGUGGGCCUUCGAAAGAGUAGAGGAGCGCUUCGAACGGAUCCCGGAGCCUGUCCAACGCCGUAUAGUCUAUUGGUCUUUUCCACGGAACGAAAAGGAGAUAUGCAUGUACUCGUCGUUUCAGUGUCGAGUGGUCGGGGAGGAACCUCCGACGGUCACCGGAGGAUCUGGGAGUGUGGGGUCCGGAGUUACCACUGCUGCUGCUGGUGGAGGAUCUAUCCCCGGCACAACGGCUUCUGUGGGAGCCACUGGAGUGGUUGCAGCGGGAGAUGGACUCCCUUUCCGACGAGGAAUCAAACUUCUUGAGACGGGAUGUGUGGAAAGCGUUUUACAAGUCGGAUUUCACCUUAGUGGCACAGUGACAGAACCUGCUACGUCAUCUGAGCCAGAGGUCAUCUACAAGGUUGCCAUCAGCUUCGACCGCUGCAAGAUAACUUCUGUCACCUGCGGCUGUGGAAACAGAGACAUUUUCUACUGUGCACAUGUUGUAGCGCUGUCCCUUUACCGUAUCCGGAAGCCAGAACAGGUGAAGCUACGUCUACCCAUCUCUGAAACCUUGUUUCAAAUGAACAGAGACCAGCUGCAGAAACUAGUCCAGUAUCUGAUCACAGCUCACCACACCGAAGUGCUGCCCACUGCUCAAAAACUGGCUGAUGAGAUUCUGUCGUCCAACUCUGAAAUCAACCUGGUUCAUGGUGCCCCAGACCCAACUGCCGGUGCCAGCAUUGAUGAUGACAACUGCUGGCAUUUGGACGAAGAUCAAGUCCGGGAGCAGGUUAAGCAGUUCCUCUCACAGGGAGGUUACUAUGGCUCUGGGAAGCAGCUAAUCUCCAUGUUUGCGAAGGUGCGAGAGAUGCUAAGAAUGCGAGACUCAAACGGCGCUCGGAUGUUGACACUCAUCACAGAGCAGUUCAUGGAGGACCCUCGGCUGUCGCUAUGGAGACAGCAAGGCACUGGCAUGACUGACAAGUGCCGUUUGCUCUGGGACGAACUUGGUGCACUGUGGGUGUGUGUGGUGUUGAACCCUCAUUGUAAGAGUGAAGAGAAGAACAGCUGGAUGAAGCAACUGAAGAAGUGGAGUGACAUGGACGUCUGUCCACUGGAAGACGGAAACUAUGGAAGUGACCUUCCCAAUAUCACCAAUGCUUUGCCACAGAGAAACCAUGCACAAGAGUCCCGGCCGAGGAGGACAGUAUUUACUCGCGCUGUGGAGGCGUGUGACCUCCACUGGCAGGACAGUCACCUUCAGAGGAUCAUCAGCAGUGACUUCUACAUCUCCCCAUCGUAUCGGAGAGAGGGAGAGAGUCUGCUAUUCAACACCCAGGGCCUGCCUUUGUGGCUUGAUCAUGUCCCAACAGCAUGUGCACGUGUCGAUGCACUGCGUUCCCACGGUUACUCCAGGGAAGCUCUGCGAUUGGCUGUUGCCAUCAUCAACACUUUGCGCCUCCAGCAGCAAAGACAAAUGGACAUCUAUAAGCACCAGAAGAAAGAACUCCUGCAGAGAGGAACCACAUCCACCACCAACCUGGAGGGCUGGGUGGGGCACCCAUUAGAUCCCAUUGGAUGCUUGUUCACUACACUUGCAGAAACCUGCCAAGUGGAUGACGACAGCUGCAUGGACUCUGGAGUGGGCAAGGUGGAUCACCAACUAAAGAGGCAUCAAUACCAGGAACCAUCAGAUGGCGAGCCACGACAUCCAGUGUUCCAUCAUGUUCCUGUGUGGGGAAGUCCCGACACAGGAGAGUCAUAUCUGACGUUAGCUCUGGAGGUCACCCUGAUGGGAAUGGGUCAGCAGCGGAUCAUGCCUGAGGGACUGUAUGCUCAGGAUAAGGUAUGUCGAAAUGAGGAGCAGAUUGUGGCAAAACUGCAGGAGCUAGAACUCGAUGGUUUGCUCGUUCAAUCCCUCAGGAAACAGGUCAUCCAGCUUUUGGAAGCUGGACCCUUCAGCGGGCUCGGUGAGGUCAUUCACAGAGAAAGUGUUCCCAUGCACACAUUCGCCAAGUACCUCUUCUCUGCUCUGCUACCACACGACGCUGACCUGGCCUACAAGGUGGCACUCCGUGCCAUUAGACUGCCAGUGUUGGAGUUGUCCGCUGGGUCUGCAGAUGUGGGUCACCCCCAUCAUGGUAUCUCCAUCAUUCCUAGCAGAUAUCCUCGCUGGUUCACGCUGGGUCACCUGGAGUCUCAGCAGUGUGAGCUGGCCUCCACCAUGCUAACUGCUGCCAAAGGUGACAUGGUGAGAUUACGGACGGUUCUAGAAGCCAUCCAGAAGAACAUCCAUUCAUCCUCUCUGAUCUUCAAACUAGCUCAGGAUGCCUUCAAGAUAGCAACACCAGCUGACAGCUCCCCUGACCUUACCCUAAUUAAUGUGGCGCUUGAGCUUGGACUGCAGGUGAUGAGGAUGACACUUUCUACUCUGAACUGGAGGCGGAGAGAAAUGGUCCGCUGGCUGGUCACUUGUGCCACUGAAGUCGGUCUCCGGGCAUUGGUCAGCAUUUUACAGAGUUGGUACACUCUCUUCACUCCCACAGAGGCCACCAGCAUUGUGGCAGCAACUGUCAUGUCCCACAACACCAUCCUGCGCCUCAGCCUGGACUACGCACAGCGGGAGGAGCUGGCGAACUGCGCCAGGACUCUAGCUCUGCAAUGCGCUAUGAAGGACCCCCAGAACUGCACGCUUUCCGCCCUGACGCUAUGUGAGAAGGACCACAUUGCCUUUGAAACUGCCUACCAGAUUGUUAUUGACGCAGCGUCAACAGGGAUGACAUACUCGCAACUCUUCACCAUUGCCAGGUACAUGGAACACAGAGGAUACCCAUUGCGCUCCUUCAAGCUGGCCUCCCUGGCUAUGACUCACCUCAACCUUGCAUACAACCAAGACACUCACCCUGCCAUUAAUGAUGUGCUCUGGGCAUGUGCAUUGAGUCACUCUCUGGGAAAGAAUGAGCUUGCGGCUAUAAUUCCCCUGGUUGUGAAAAGUGUGCAUUGUGCAACAGUGCUAUCUGACAUCUUGCGGCGGUGCACUAUGACAGCACCAGGACUUGCCGGUAUUCCAGGAAGAAGGACCUCUGGAAAGCUGAUGUCCACAGACAAAGCGCCUCUGCGGCAGUUGUUAGACUCUACAAUCUCUGCGUUUAUCAACACCACACACUCACGCCUGACACACAUCAGCCCUCGACACUAUGGAGAGUUCAUAGAGUUCUUGAGCAAAGCCAGGGAGACCUUCCUGCUGGCGCAGGACGGUCACAUCCAGUUUGCCCAGUUCAUAGACAACCUGAAACAGAUCUACAAGGGAAAGAAGAAACUCAUGAUGCUAGUCAGGGAACGCUUUGGUUGAUGGCUCUGAACCCCUAUACACUUUGUGGUUCUUUUUUAUAUACAUGUCAUCUACUGAGCCAUUUGUUGAUGAAGCCUUGAAUCCUAUCAGGAUGUUUAUGUUUUGUUUUUUUUUCCCCUUGACUGUGAACCAAGAUGUGUUACUACUUACUCUGCUCUCGGUGAUGGUGGUUCUGGGCAAUGUGACAAUGAAAAGUAUUGGUGCAACAGAUAAAAAAAAAUGCAUGGUUCAGACUUGUCAGGGUUUCGACUCACGCAUCCGGUCAUUUUUGUGGAUCACCAAGAAAAACUAUAACACAAGACAAAAAAAAGUAUUUUGGGGCAAAUAUAAAUUUGUCCGAAAAUACCUUUUCCCAUUAAAUGAAACUCAUACAAAAGAUAUGAUGACAACUCCAAGCACCAGUGUGUUGCACAAGCCAUUGUGUUGCACAAAGGGAUUGAGGUGAAUCUGCCACUUGUUGCGGUGCCUACAGGGGCCGCAUCACAGUGUUUACAAAUGAAAUGUGUGAGCGCAUGAGACAAGCCUCAUUUGCAUGAGCCAUAUGCUGACUGCAUGAGAUCUUACAACCCUUCUGACCAAUAACGUUUGUAAUACCUUUAGCUCGGCUGGAUUCUGCUGCAAAGGGCUGCAUAAAUGCCACAGUGAUGACGGUUGUUGAGCAGUACACAUCUUGGCUCCUGUUGCUGACACAUCAUGGUGAUGCCGCUUCAAAUGGAUGGCUAUGCUCCUUGCAUUUCCACUGUCACACUGCCUUUAUGUGAGCAACUUUUUUUCUUUCAUCAACCAAUCUGCGGACCGUGUGCAGUACAAACCGUGGAGAGUGGUCCAUAUAGAUCACUGCUCAGUAUUGAUCUGUUGCACCAGUAACAAAAAGGCUCACUCUGUGGCACAUGAUGUAAGACCAAAAUAUUUGAGGACGCGUGCACCACAUCAUUUAACUGGGGCCAAACAAAAUGGCAUUUUAAAAGAUUCUGUCCCAUCCAAAAUAGCCUAUUGUUACCCUUUGUUUCCACCGAAGGCAUAUGUGUUUUUUAAUUAAUGUCAGUCUGAGGGUUUCCACUUGGCGUGCAGUGUCACUGCUCUGAGAAGUGGCCAGGAAGUGGCAUCCAGUCAAUGAAAAACAAAGUUGAUUCGGUAAAUUAAGUAGCUACAUUUAGCCUUUCAAUCACCAUGUCAAUGGAGCCAGAGCCAAACGCACCAAGCCGACGUAUAAAAGAAUCUACCUUGAAACUCGAUUCCACAGUCAACAAGGAAAGUGGUCAAAUAAGGGCCUCAUGUGGACCUCAUGUGAAGCAUGGUUCCGACAGUCCAGAUAAUCUUUUACCGGGGUUGAACCAUCCUUGUUCAAUAAUCAGUGCAGUGGCACAGUGCACUGCUGUUGAGAAGUGUUUUGACUCUCAUCUGCGCGCACACACACAACACAUCUAGUGGACACUCUACAAACACUUGUUCCCACAAAGCUGGUUACUGACCACUGUAAGUCCCCGCAACUGCAGUGCCUCAUCUUGCGUGAAUGGAUGCACUGCCAUUGUUGCCUACAGAAACUGAUUGCCAUGCAACAGCCUCUGCAGCUUCAGUGGAGCAUGCCGCCUGGUUGAAAUCUCAUUGCAACCACCAUGGCGUGCGCGCGAGGGGUUGGUCAUUGUUGCUAUUAGCACCAACAUCUGCUCAUUCCUUAACAUUUCUUAUAACAGCCGUUUUUUUUUCUGUAAAUGUUUCAUGGAUGUCAGUUACCAGAAGUUCAGAGCCACAUUUGUUGCUCCAGGUUCAAGCAACAUUCUGUUUAAGAUUGUAAGCAGCAGAUGUACUUGAUGAUUACUCAACCACUAAUGUUGACACCAAAGCUACCUUGGAACUAGUCACAAGACCUAUCAAGUCAUUUUUCCAUGGAAACUGACUGAAUAUGAACAACGAAUUCCUCAUGACCCACCCCCAAAGUAACAAAGCCCAGGCCAACACGUAGAGGCUACACUCAGUUCUCAGGGACAUCAAGAAAUAAAACCAGAAAAAAGUAGUAGCAUUUAAGAUUCUGUAAAUAUGAAAGUAUCAAUUCUGAAAAUUGUAAAGUUAUUGUUAUUUAAAAGUGUAUGUUUGAUUUGUUCACUUGGACUUCUUAUUUAUAUGUCACUUCUUUGGGGCUGGGUGUGUACUUGAAGAGUUUUGCCACAGUUUUAAGAAGCAAAAGCUUUUCUCAGGGGCUCCUAUUUGUCUUUAUAUUUUUAGUUUUAGAUUUAUAAAAUAAAUAAAUUUAAAAAGAGAAAAAGGAAGCAUGUUGUGUGCGGAGACUUGAAAGGCAUCCAUUGAACUAAAUCUGACUAUGCAGAACCAUGUUGGUGGUCCGUUUUCUUUGAAGAGGCCUCCAUGUAUUUUUGUCAAUGGAAUGGAAUACAGCAUACCUAUGCUUUUGUUUGUUUGUAUUUGUAUUUGUUUUGUUUUGUUUGGACCAUGCACAGUAGCCAGCCACCGCCUGCCAAAUUUGGGAGAAAAACAAUAGAUCUCAAGCCUUUUGUACGUUCUUACACCGAGCUGUGUGGCAGCUGUAGCAGAAGCUAGUUACCUCAGCAACUUUAUCUGUGUAGGUCAAUCACACUGCAGUUGCGGCGAGGUCAUCAUGAAUGUAGAGGAAAAUUGGAUUAUUAUUUGCCUGCUUCCUUGAUAAAAUUUUAUGCAUUCACUCUCACAUUUUGUUGAGCUACAACUUACUUUGGCACUUCACAUACAUCCUGUCUUCAUUGUUUUCUCCCUGGCGGUGUCUAGUAGAGUUGCUGUUGGUUCACUAGUUCAUCUGCAGCUUCAUUUGUCACUUCUUCCCUAUCUUUCAGGGAAUAUUUUUAAGUGUUAGUUGCCUUUUGUGCUACUGAAUUGGUGAAUUAAAAAGGUAUCUCCAUUGUUAACACAGAAGUAUGAUUAGAUGUGUUUGUUUUUUUAUAAGCAUUAUUUGUGUAUUUUGUUGCAACUUACUGAGCUACUGUCUAUAAAGUGAGAAUUUAUUACUAUUUAUGUAACAUUACUACCAUUUUGUAAUGAUUUGUGUUGGAAUUUUGGUGCUUUUCUAUGAAUAAAGUGAA